UCCAAUCUACUCUUCCAAUCUCUCUCUUACCAAGUUUGUCAUUUUCUUCCUUGAAACUAAAAACAACCCAAUGGAAAAACAGCUGCAACAGGCCGCAGCUUCCUUUGCUUCUUCUUCUUCUCCUCCUCCUUGUUGUUGUUAUUCUUCUCCUCUUUCCUUGUAUUGUAAGCAGUAGUAUCUUUGUUUUUUUUUUUUUUUUAUCUUUUGCUCAAAUGUGUAAGUCCACAUUCACCUUGUGAUCUCUUUGGAUCAACAACUUCCACACCCUUUAUCACUACUACACUCAGAAAAGGAAGUCAAAUACAUCUUUAACAUGGAGCAAUAUGAGGUAUUAGAGCAAAUAGGAAAGGGAGCUUUUGGUUCAGCUCUUCUAGUGAGGCAUAAGCAUGAAAAGAAGAAGUAUGUGCUGAAAAAGAUUCGUCUUGCCCGCCAGACUGAUAGGUCUCGACGAUCUGCACAUCAAGAGAUGGAGCUUAUUUCUAAGAUCCGAAAUCCAUUUAUUGUGGAGUACAAAGAUUCCUGGGUGGAAAAGGGUUGCUAUGUAUGCAUUAUUAUAGGUUAUUGUGAAGGUGGAGACAUGGCUGAAGCCAUAAAGAAAGCAAAUGGCAUGCUUUUCUCAGAAGAGAAACUGUGCAAAUGGCUUGUUCAGCUCCUGAUGGCUCUUGACUAUUUGCACUUGAAUCACAUUCUUCAUCGUGAUGUCAAGUGUUCAAACAUCUUUUUAACAAAAGAUCAGGACAUACGUCUUGGUGAUUUUGGACUCGCCAAAAUUUUGACUUCGGAUGAUCUUGCAUCCUCUGUUGUUGGAACUCCAAGCUACAUGUGUCCUGAGCUUCUGGCUGAUAUACCUUAUGGUUCUAAGUCUGAUAUCUGGUCAUUAGGGUGCUGUAUAUAUGAAAUGACUUCUCUCAAGCCUGCAUUUAAAGCAUUCGAUAUGCAAGCUUUGAUAAACAAGAUCAAUAAAUCGAUAGUUGCUCCGCUUCCGACAAAAUAUUCCGGUGCCUUCCGUAGCCUUGUUAAAAGCAUGCUGCGCAAGAAUCCUGAACUUAGGCCAAGUGCUGAAGAACUGCUUAGGCAUCCACACCUUCAGUCUUAUGUUGUUAAAGUUCAUCUUAAAAUUAAUAAUCCUAGAAGGAAUACUUUACCUGUGCUUUGGCCUGAAACAAAUAUAAAGAAAACUAGAUUUUCGGAUCCUGUAGAUGCCCACUUCUCUGUUUACAGGGAGAAGCGUCGAUCCUUCAGUAAUGAUAGGACUUUGAAUCCUAGCAUAUCUGGAGCUGAACAAGAUUCUGUUUGCUCUACCAAAGGAAUACAUCAGGAUACACCGGGUUUUUCAAAUAGGAAGUCAGAAAAUUUUUCUAUUGAUAGCAGCGAAGAAGGAACUGUCAUUUGCAAGCCAGUUGCUUCGAAAGUUUCAAGUGCCACCAAGACUACAAGACGUUCUCUGACAAAAGCUUCAGCAACUCCCAAGAGAAAGACAGAGCCUUUGAAGAAACGGGACUCGUUUCAUUUUUCGCGCACACCUGUUAAAAAACCUCUCCCUGCAACUCGAAGAGCUUCUUUGCCGCUGCCAACAAGAAACACAGUUCGAGAAUCUCCUUGUAGAUCUAAUGCUGGUAUUCUUCACCUCAUACAAUCACCAGAUGUUUCAGUCAAUGCUCCUCAAAUUGAUAAGAUAGCUGAAUUCCCGUUAGCCUCAUAUGAAGAUGCUUUCUUCCCCAUAGAAAAGCCAUCAUCAAAAUCUGCAAAGGGCUUCUCUGCUUCGCCACAAUUUGUUGAUCUAUCAAUCACAAAAGACAAAUGUACGGUUCAAAUAUGUGAUCAAACGUCUACCAAGCUCAAUUAUGAUGAUGAAUGGCAGGGAAUUCAACGCAGCACGUUUCAGGUAGAUGGAGAUGCUCUAACUAACUCCUCUGAUCAAAACGCAACUGCUGGGGCAUCUAGCUGCACCUCAUCAGAUACACGAAGACGAAGGUUUGACCCCUCAUCAUUCCAGCAGCGUGCUGAGGCAUUGGAAGGAUUGCUCGAAUUUAGUGCAAGAUUGCUGCAGCAAGAGAGGUAUGAUGAGCUUGGUGUGCUACUCAAGCCAUUUGGACCCGGAAAGGUCUCCCCUAGGGAAACUGCAAUCUGGCUGACUAAGAGUUUUAAGGAGAACACUGUGAAGCCAGAGGAUUAACACCGAUGAACCUCCACCGUUUGUAUCAUAUCCGUAGCUGUAAUCUGUACCAAUUUUUUAGAGUUCAGCCUAUCCGAUCUUAGGCAACAUUCCAGUCAAUAGAACCUUAGUGGUAGGGCAUUUUGUUUUCAAACAAAUGCUAAUUGUUAGUUCUAGGUUCUAGUUGUUCUUCCCCCUUGUGCAUCAAGUUUCAUAGUUUUCUCGGAUAUGGAUAAUGAGGUUCGAAUAGAUUAUGGACUUAUUGUCUACC